AUGCCUUACAACACGCGCCGCAAGUCGCUCUCCCUCCCCAGCCUGGGCAUUCAUGUCCCCAUCACACAAGCCGAACGAACUGCUGCGGCAAAGUCGAGAUCUUCCAUGUCCUCGAAUGCCUCCGACUCUCUCGACGCUCACCCGAGCAAGCGCCUAAAGCGCUCCCACCCCGGAGCUGUCCCCGAGGAAGCUCUUGAGCAGACACCGCCACCUUCGCCCAAGGCAAUCCCCAGCGUCGAGAUGGCCGAUGCGGCUGAGCCUACACCCAUUGACUUGGACAGUGUCAACGACGACAUUGUCGAAGCCGUCAUUGUUCAGCUCCAGGCUACAGCCAACAGACCUCACCUUGUCAAGGAACUCGCCACCGUUCUCGGCCAGUCCUUGACGUCAGUUCAACAAUCCGCCAACCCUUGCGCCAUCAUCUCUUCGCGCCUUGCUUCGUUUCUCAAGCGCCCGACCUGGUCCGCCAAGGAGCUCUGCCCUUUGGCAAAGGAGCUGGAAACAGUCCACCCUCGACGCACAUACUUCUUCCUUACCACACAUCCCCGCCAGCCUCUUCCCGACUUCAACGCCGCUCAGCCUCCCUCUCCCGCUCUUGUCACACCUUCCGUGUCCUUGACGGAUGACUCCGUCUCGGAUGAGGUCGAAGGCCGCCGACGUGAGCUUAGCCCUUCCCCCGAAGUGGAUUUGUCGCCUACGGAAUUCGAAGAGGGUGAUGAGGACGACAUGGUUGUGCCCGGAAGCCCCAUUGGAUCCAUGGCCAGCAAGCGCGCACCCGCUGUUCGCAAUCUGCGCCGCGCCUCGCCACCUCUGGAGGGGGACGAAAAAGAGUUUACGCAAACCGCCACCGUUCUCCUGAAGCGCAAACUUAGCCAGGACAUGCCACCUGUCGAGACCCAAGAGCGCAUUCCGGCCGUCGAGUAUGGCUUCCGCGAUGACCUCUGGUUCAACGACAACCGUACCUCGGCUUCUGCGCUCGUCUUUUCCAGCCCUGCCAUCAAGCCCAUGUCUGGCCCUCUGUCGCGUAAGGAAGACGAGACCGAUAGCUGGCUCAAGUUCAGCAAGGUCAUUGAAUGGGAUCGUGGUGCCGAGAGCAUCGAGAUCGACGAGCUAGAGUACCUUCUCGACUCGUACUAA